AUGUCUUCAACGAGAAAAAAAAUAGACAUUAAAGUAGAAGAUAUCUGUCGAACAUGCUUAGCUAAAGAGAUAGAGUUGUUUCCAAUCUUCGAAGUAUUUUCAGAGUCUACUACGCUGGACCACGUAAUAACAUCGAUAACAGGAAUAAAGAUUGAUAAAAGUGAUAGACUGCCAAAGAAAAUCUGUCAGGCGUGUAAAACCAAGGCUGCUGAUGCAUAUGAUUUUAAGAAAAAAUCCCAAGAAUCUGAUUUGGCAUUACAUGGUAUAUUAAAAAAGGAAAAUGAGUGCAUGAUUUCAGAGGAUAUUGCUACAUUGAGUGGUGAGAGGGAAAAUCCUAAUGUAAAAUUGGAAAACUUCCCGUCUGAUGAUCAGGAGGAAUAUAUCGAUUUGGAGUUUGACCUAACGCUACCCGUUGGCGCCAAUACUUUCGUUGAAACUGAAGUAAAGAACGAAGCAGCAAAUGAUACGACGCUGGUAAAGACUUGCAGUACAGACUCUGAAUUGGAGAAUUCACGGGAAAAAUCACGGAAGCGAUUCAUCAAUGUUCCAGUUGAGUAUGAGUGCAGCACCAACACCCUUUGCCCCAUCUGCGCUACCAACCACAUGGACUCGGAGAGUCUCACGAAGCACAUGUGGCAGUGUCAUGCCGAGAUAAUGGGCCCCAAGAAGCGUGGCAGGCCAAAGAAGAUGGUCACCAACACGAUACUGAACAAGCUGUCAGAGAACGGCUUCUACCUGAAAACAGUGCCGGUGAAGCAUCUCAACUGUUCUUUCUGCACGGGCAAGUUCAAGACAAAAGAGGAUUUGAGCACACAUUUUAUGUGCGAGCACAGAGACACAAAGGUGCUUUGCUGCGUCAUUUGCAAGAAGAUGUAUCUGAAGAAGAAAUACUUCGACGUCCACCACUGCAUGGAGGACAAAUCGCAGUGCGGUCGCUUGCAGGAAGAUGACGUCGUCGUAUUAUCAGGCAAGGCUCGCGACGGCUUCACGAUCGAGAGGGAACUGCAUCGACUGCUGGACCUUACCAGUAACCCGGAGGCGGCGGCUGCGUGGCAGGCCUGCGGCUCUUGCAGCGAACUCUUCGCCACACCCUCAUCGUUCGCCGCCCACGUGGACACCUGCCACCCGGAGCUGUCGCACCGCUGCGCCCUCUGCAACAAGGUGUUCGCCAGCGUGAAGUCGGCGGAGCGGCACCGCGGCCGGUGCGCCAGCAUCGAGCGCGACCACCUCUGCCCCACGUGUGGGCACCGCUUCGCCCACGAGGUGACGCUCAACAAGCACAUACUGCGCAGCCACGUGGGCCAGAGCGUCUCCGUGAAGUUCGUCGCCGGCGCCAGGGCGGACGGCCAGCGGUACCAGUGCGACACGUGCAGCAGGCUCUUCUUCAGGAAGGACUUGCUGGCGAAACACACGAAGAACCACAAGUCGGGAGACAAGUAUUUCGAGUGCGAGGUGUGCAAGAAACGAUUCCACAGGAGCGACAACUUGCGGUCCCACAUGCGGGUGCACGAGGGGUCCGGUGCGGGCGCGGGAGGGGGCGGGGGCGGGGGCGAGGGCGGCGGCGGGGUGGGCGCAGCGGGGCGGGCGGGCGCCUGCCUGUGCCUGUACUGCGGCCGCAGCUUCACCAACUCCUCGAACCUGAUAGUGCACAUGCGCCGCCACACGGGCGAGAAGCCCUACAAGUGCGACUUUUGCGACAAAGGUUUCCCAAGGUCCUCGGACCUGCAGUGCCACAGGCGUUCCCACACCGGGGAGAAGCCAUACGUCUGCGGCAUCUGCGGGAAGGGCUUCUCGCGCAGCAACAAGCUGUCGCGUCACACGCGGGUCCACACCGGCCUCAGGCCCUACAAGUGCCCGUACUGCGAGAAGGCCUUCUCCCAGAGCAACGACCUCAACCUUCACGUGCGCCGCCACACGGGCGACAAGCCGUACAUCUGCGAGGUGUGCGGCGACCGCUUCAUACAGGGCACCGCUCUGCACAACCACCGGCGCACUCACGGCCACUACCCGCCCCCCGCCGCAGCUGCAGCCGCCCCCGCCCCCGCCCCCGCCCCGCCGCCGCCGCCGCCGCCCCCCCUCCGCCCCGCGUGCGGCGCCAACAGCAAAGUGGAGCGACACAACGCCCGACCACUGUCGUCGCAUCGUUAU